CUCUAAGAUUCUAAGAUAACAAGUUAGUGCAGAUAAAAAAGCUCGCCAUCGGAGUUGAGAAGAAUAGAAGCAGAAAAUGGGGGGUAUUCUCAGAGUUGCAGGUCUGGCGUGGGCAGAGGCAGUGAUGAAAGGCGUCUUCUUCAUUAUGCAAACUUAUUUCACAAAUGUUUGGAAAAUGAGCUUCACAAACGCAGCCACAAUUAUGAAUGUAUGGGGAGGGCUCUACAGGAUUUUGCCAUUUUUCUUUCUCUUUAUUGCUGAAACUUGUCUUGGAAAUUUCGUCACACUUGCAUUUUCCAGCAUAUCUAGCUCAACGGGUAUGGUCCUAAUCACAGUGGCAACAACGCCAGUGUUUGGGCAAACAGUUUCAAGUGAUAGAUGUUUUGAUAAGGAAGGAUGUGUUGGGCACACGGAAAAGAUCCUCUUCAUAACGGGUAUGGUGUUGAUAGGUCUUGGGAGGGCUGCUCGCGUUGCCACCGCUGAACCAUUCAUUGACGAUCAAAUAGAGACGAGUGGGCAUGAAGAAGAUGAGACCGACCACCGACCACGGCUAAACUGGUGGCGGAUAACAUGUGUACUUGUGUUCUUUGGUACGCCAAUGGUUGUGAUUUUUGCAUUUCCAUACAUAAAAAAGUGGUAUGUUCUCUUUGGACUUUCCGCAAGCUGCACGACUUUAGCAACCUUAUAUUUCCUGCUCGGUUCCAACACCUAUAAGAAACCCCCACCUAAAGCAGAGAGAAGCCCAGUAACUGAUUUUGCCAGAGUGUUCGUCGCCGCUGCUUUCAAGAUUACCCAACCACUCCCGGCCCAAGAUGAUGCUCGACUUCACCGCAUAGAUGGCGAGGAAUUUCAAUCGCUAUCCCCUACUCGUGUUAUGGGGUUUCUGCAUAAGGCGGCCAUAGUAAUGCCCGGUGAUAGAGUCGGAUCAUGGACACUUUGCUCGGUAUCAGAAGUUGAAUCCGCCAAAGCAACAAUCCGUCUUGUUCCAAUCCUGAGCUGCUUCAUCAUGUUUGGCGUCGUGUCCUCAAUCGGGAACACUUACUUCAUAGAACAAGCGAGUCAUAUGAACUUCAACAUAGGAAAGUGGAAGCCUCCUUAUCAGCUGAUGCAUCUAAUCAGCGCCUAUGCUAAGUUUGGGAUGGUUCUAUUAAUGAAAAAGUAUACGGAUGCGUAUGGGGAAGAUGGAGCUAUACAAAUGAAUCUAGGUUUUCCCGCGUAUUCUGUGAUAUGCUGCGCGGUGGCAGCUGCUGUAGAGAGGCGUAGGAUUCACGUGCUUACAAGGCAUGAUCUGCUCGGCCUACCCGAUGAUGGCAAGGUUCCCAUGAGCGCCGCGUGGCUCUUCUUCCAGAUUACAUUUGCCGGCUUUAUGGAACCAUUUUCUGAAUUUGGCUUUUCGGCCUUCUUUGAGAUUUGGGCUCCUAAGUCGAUGAAGAGGUACAAGGAUUGUUAUGUGGAGGGGGUUACUGGUUUUGGAUUCUUGUGUACGGCGCUUUCAGUUUACGUUGUCGGGCAAGCAAGCGAGGCAGGAGGCGGCAAGAGCUGGUUUCAGCCUAGGUUGAACCAGAGUCGUUUGGAUCGCUAUUAUUGGGUUUUGACAGCUCUGUGUAGUCUCAAUCUAAUAGCGUAUGCCUUCGUCUUUCCACGACCCGAUGGGGAACUGUUAAACAUGGACGGAUUUUUUGGCAUCAAGUCUUUUGAGAGAGCAGAAAAUGACAUUGAAUUAUGGAGCUUAAAGAAAGGCGGCCCUGUAGAGCUCGUGUUGCGUCACCACAAACUAUCCCCACCUAUUACCUUGAAUGUGAAAAAUAAGUUACAAUUCCUUGAAUAUGUGUUAUCUUGAAUGGUAUACAGAAUAUAGAAAAGUAGAGACAUUUGAUAAUUUUAUUCAAUGAUAUGUCAUCUAGAAGAGGAGUAUCAAGUAUG